AUGAAAUUAUAUUCUCUUCUGCUAGGCGGACUUAAUCCACAGGACGGCGCUAUUGUAUUGCACAGAUCUCUCCUGUCCAGCUCACACACGCAUUUCCGGUUUACAUCUACAUGCGGUGUCCUGACAUAUUUUUCUUCCUUUGCGCGCCUGCAUCAGGAGUGUGCUGUCAUGGUACGUUUGUUCAACGCAUUGCUCAUUUGUAAUCCUCAACUAUUUAAAAUAUGUAUAUAAACUAGUUUAUAUUGUAUGUAGUAGCUAAUGUGAUGCAACUAUUCUUCUCCCUCCCGUUUCAUACGAGCCAGUUGGUUGUAUGAAACGGGAGGGAGAAGAAUAGCCACAACCAAUGUAAAUGUUGGUUGUGGCCCUAAAGCGUAUUAUCAGGAAUUAGCUAGCUAGCGAACGUUAGCUACGCAAACACUUCCAAUGUGUUUUAGCUACUUGGCAAGUUAACUAGCUAACGUUACGGAAAUUGCUAGAAAAUAAUGGGGCACAGGCUACAGCGGAGAAGAAGCCUUAACUAUAGUAUCUUUGGUACAGUCAUUUACUAUUUUUUUUAUCAUGGCUCUAGGUAAACGUACCGAAGACCCGCAGGACUUACUGCAAGAAAUGUAAGAAACAUCAAACUCACAAAGUUACCCAAUACAAGAAGGGGAAGGAUUCUUUAUAUGCACAGGGUAAGUUUGGUAUAGAGUCUUACCAUAGACCAAUGACACAGAUAUUUCACCGGAUUGAGUUAUUGCACAUGCGCACCUCACAGGGUAGGCGUUCCUUAACUGGUAUAUGCAGAUGUAUGCUAGAACGGGCCAAUAGCUUGGAUCUGCCCACCUCCUUGCUUGUUCUGCCCACUGACUCAUUUGUUCCCAUUGGAAACGACAGGCUGUGGUCUAUCUUGGUUUAGUUAUAAAAAAUAUUUGAUCUAACGUUACUUCCCUUUCCCUGUCUACUUGAACAUUCACAUGUAUUUAUUAUGUGUGGUAUCUACCUCUGCAUGCAUUUAUCAGGUAAAUGUCUUUCAGGCAAAAGGAGAUACGACAGAAAGCAAUCUGGUUAUGGUGGCCAGACCAAGCCUAUUUUCAGGAAGAAGGUAUGCAAGAAUCAUAAUGGGAAAAUAUUUACAAAUUCACUGUGACCCUUGUCUUCCCCUCAUACAGAUGGGACUUGUUUGUUUGCAAAUUGCCACUGUAUUAGUUUCCAUGUCAAUACUCAAUCAACUAGUCGGCACAUAAAUAAUUUCCAUCUUUUUAUGUUAUUUGCUCAAACCCUUGUGAUUUCUCCCGCAGGCUAAAACUACAAAGAAGAUCGUGUUGAGGCUGGAGUGUGUGGAGCCCAACUGUCGGCAAAAGAGAAUGGUGCCCAUCAAGAGAUGCAAACACUUUGAACUGGGAGGAGACAAGAAGAGAAAGGUAAGCAUAUUGGUUCUCCUUAGUUUUCAGAGCCAGCAAACUUGGCUUCUACUCGUAGCCUAAUGGCAAACCAGAGCAUUGUUUGAAAAUAAGGCAGUAGGCAGAGGGUGUUGUUAAUGAGAUUGACACUAAUACAAUUGAGUUGAUGGGUGGCGAUUUGAAUCUCUUUGCAGCAAUCUGUGAAAUGUCAAUUUCUUAUCUAUAUUCUUUUUCUCACUCUUUCAGGGCCAGGUCAUCCAGUUUUAA